AUGAUGCUUAUUGUGGCGGAACGGCUAACUGAACCGCAUCAAUGUGCAUCAGUGUUUAUGAGUAUGUCAACCUGUAAUCACCGCCAAGUGUGUUUAGUCAGGUCUCGUCAAACGAAACGAAAUGUGCAAGCUAACAAUCUGACGGCUGAGUUGUCAUUUCCUUUCUAUGGUGGUGCGGUUGUAUCUUCGACCGCUCGCACUUGGAUGCGGCGCGUGGGCAAGGAUGGCGCGUUGCGACUGAAAUGGUCGCAAAAGACGAUUCUCACGACGAUGACGGAGUUAUGGGCGGAACUACUCCGGAUCCCGCAAUCUACAGACUCUGAGGAAGACGCCGAAACGUUAGCCGUAAUAAAGACUGUUAACAAUCUUGGCUGUUGCUUAAAGGCAUCACCCCACGAAUCUGGUGGGUGCGGAUUUCCGGUGGAGUAUUCGUAUACAGGAUCGUAG